GUAACAAUUACCAUCUUUAACAAUGUCUUCUGGAGAAAAUUCAGUAAUGAAAAUUGCAGCCCUUGGUCGACCUUUCCAGCUUGGCAUGCUCUAUGACAGUCGUAAGGACUCACUCAUUCCAGCUAUGUCUCUUUGGGAUUUGGAGUCAUUAAAACAGGAUAUUGCCACUCAAUCUCAGCGUAACUCUGAGUUUCAUAUUAUCGCCUCAGAUUCUCUUGAGGACAAAUCGUCUGCUCUGAAUGUGGAGGCCUCCUUGAAAGCGAGUUUCUUGGGAGGUUUGGUUGAAGUGGAAGGAUCUGCAAAAUAUCUAAAAGACAACAAGACUUCAAAACGCCAGGCCCGUGUUACGCUACAAUACAAGAUGACAACACAGUUUACACAGCUCACCAUGAAUCACUUAGGACGGGGCAACGUGAAGCACCCGUAUGUGUUUGAGCAGGGAAUAGCAACUCAUGUUGUCACCGGGAUACUUUAUGGCGCUCAGGCAUUUUUUCUGUUUGAUCAAGAAACAUCUCAUGAAGAAAGCAUGCAAGAUAUACAAGGUAAUCUGCAAGUAAUGAUCAGGAAAAUACCAAAUAUAAUCAAAGGUGAGGGAUCACUUAAAAUGACAGGUGCAGAACAAGCAAAUAUUCAGAAAUUUACUUGCCAGUUUUAUGGAGAUGUGGCUCUGGAUAGCAAUCCGGUUUCAUAUGAAGAGGCCAUUAAAGUUUAUGCUUCUCUCCCCCAAAAAAUUGGGCCUAAUGGAGAACAUGCGAUCCCUAUGAGGGUAUGGCUAUACCCUUUAAUUCUUUUAGAUUCCAAAGCAGCUCAGAUUGUUCAUCACAUAAGCGUGGGUUUGGUUAAUCAGUCACAAAGCAUCCUGGAUGAGUUCAGUGAGAUUGAAAUGAGGUGCAAUGACUUGAUGAAAGACGCAGCCGCCAUUCAAUUUCCUGACGUACAGAAUAAAAUUCGUUACUUUAAAAAAAAGUGUUUAGAAUACAAAAUGAUUUUUCAAAGAAAUUUAACUGAAAUUCUUCCAGCCAUUCGUGGUGGAGGUAAACAAGAAACUGUUCUGGCAGAUUUGUUGAAAUUUAAAAAAGAGUCACCCUUUAGUUACUUUAGACUAAGCAGUUGGCUGGACGACAAAGAUAAGGAGCUCAGCUGUCUUACAGGAUAUAUGCAAAAACUGAAAGAUAUAAAAAUGACAUCUUCAGAAGCCGAGCUAAAUAGAGAAGUGCUGAAUCAAACAUCUAAAUAUGUGGUCUGCUUUACAUUCACAUCCCUGAAGAAUAAAGAAUCCUACAUUUCAACUCUAAAAGAAUUUCUUAGUCAACCAUUAAUGGAGUCAGGUCCUCAUUCUGUCUCAUCAGAGAUACUCACAAAUCAAGAAGAGAAGCCAUGGUUUUCAAUGCACUCUGUGGCUGAGAAAAUGAUACAGAAGGCUAAGUUGUUCUCUGAAGUUGCAGCAGCAAAUAAAAAUAAUCCUGAUACAGCAUUUAUUGUAGCAUCCUCAGAAAAUGGAUCUUAUCCUGGGGCAUCUGUUUAUCUUUAUGAACAAGGAAUAAAGAAGAAUGAAAAUCUUCAACUUCCUUCCAUUCCUGGUGUACCAGUUGUCUGCGAGGUGACUCAUGAGAGUGUGACUCUGAAGAUGUCCCACCCAGAGGCUGGCUGUGAGAGUGUCGUUCACUACAGAAUAGAGUACACCAUUGACAGGACAAGAUGAAUGGAGUUCUGUGGACACA